GUACGGUUUGCGGCUUAAGCGCCGCCGCGGUCUGAGGAAUGUCAACUAUUCAACAUGGAGGCGGAGGUCGAUAAGCUGGAACUGAUGUUCCAGAAAGCUGACUCUGAUCUGGAUUACAUUCAAUACAGGCUGGAAUAUGAAAUCAAGACUAAUCAUCCUGAUUCAGCAGGCGAGAAAAAUCCAGUUACACUCUUAAAGGAAUUGUCGGCAAUAAAGUCUCGAUACCAAACUUUGCAGGCACGCUUUAAACCAGUUGCUAUUGAGCAGAAGGAGACUAAGAGCCGAAUUUGUGCUACUUUCAAUAAGACUAUGACCAUGAUACAGGAACUACAAAAGCAAACAGACCUGGAGCUAUCACCACUGACUGAAGAAGAGAAAACUGCAGCUGAGCAAUUAAAAUCUCACAUAUCAGAUUUAUGAAGCAAUGGACUUGCAGAAGGGAACUCUAAUGGAGAAAAGAUUAAUUCCAGAGAGACUGAGGAAGAUGUCUUGUUAGCACUUGAUAACCAGAGGUGGGGGGUUGGUGAAGGAGGAGGGGAUUUGGCCUGGGUGACUGCAUAGUGUGCCUCUCACAAGAGAGGGAAGUAUAAGAAGAGGGUAGAUAUUAUAUUAAUAAUUAGACAAACGGAUGGAAUGGAAAUAAAGGGAUUUAAAAAAUAUAUGCACAUAUUCUCAGUCUUACAAUGCAAGGAAGUCUCAAUACUAUUUUGCCUUUGUUUUUGUAUAAUUAGGAUAACAUAGAUGUCCUGGCCUACUGUAAAAGAAUGUUUGUGUACUAUCAGUCAGUCAGAUGUGAAUGAGCAUGCUUUGGAAAUUAUAGAAAAAAUACUUGUAUUAUAUUAUACAUUAUAUAUGUAUAUAAUUUUAUUUGUGAAAAUUUUCCUUGCAAAUGGACUCACAUUAUCGGUGCAACUAAUAUGUGACCUAUAGUCUCCUACAAAAUCUAACUUUAAGGGCUGGCCCAGUGUUGUAUUGAUUAAAUUUGCGUGCUCUGCUUUGGCAGCCUAGGAUUCCCUGGCCUGGAUCUCAGGCGCAGACCUACACACCACUCCUCAAGCCAUGCUGUGGUGGUGUCCCUCAUAGAAAAUAGAGGAAGAUUGGCACAGAUAUUGGCUCAGGGCCAAUCUUCCUCACCAAAAAAUAAAAACCCCAAAAACCUAACUUUAGUAAUAAGCUGGCUUUUCCAAGACAGCCUCACGUUUAUUUUGUUCUUAUUCCUUCUGCCUGCUAAUGUUGACCAGCAUGAGCUCUACUUUCAAAUGCUGUUUUAGAUGGUCCCUGUUGUAUUUCAAUACUACCUUUGUUCUCUUUCAGCCUAUAUUACUAUAGUUGUUCAUUCAAUAUGAAAGGUAAGAAACUGAAAUCAGAGGAGCACUGGUUGCCGGUUUGUGUGUGUGUGUGAAUUUCCCUAUUUAUUUUGAAUAACUAUCGCAAUAAGGUAAUUAUUCAAAGUAUGGACAGAUCUUGAUACAAAGAUGUUAAUCAGAGUUAUUUAUAACAGCAACACACAUACACAUUCAGCUAAUGCUAUGUAAAUAGGAAAGGAAAUCAUGGUCUAUCUAUACAAUAAGAGGUUAAGUUGCCAAUAAAUUAUUAUUGUUAAUGUUUUGGGAAAUGCUGAAGCUAUGCUAAAUGGGGGAGAAGAGAAGCAGAUAAUGCAAUUUUGUAGUUAAGGUUGGGCUUUGGAGUCAUACCUGAGAUGUAAAUAGGUGGUUUUAAAUUCUAGCUGUGUGACCUUGAGCAAAUUAUUUAACUUCUCGUUGGAAGCACAAUGAGAUGGUAAAGUGUCUGGGUUUGAUAUUUAGUAAUCCUUCAAUAAAUAAUAUUUCCAUAUAUGUAAUAAAAUAUGAAGCAUUGAAAAGACUAGGAAAAAUGCAUCAAAUUUUAGUUCUGCAAGUUAUAGAAUUAUACUUUUAUAUAAUUAAGGAAAUUUUUGUCAUGAGUGUGUUAUUUGUCCAUUAACAAAUUUAUAACAGCUGACAAACUGGUUUGGGAGAGUAGCUUCAAUUAAAAUUGUCCUGUCUAAUUGGGAACUAGAACAGAACAGAAAGCUCCCCUUUUUUAAAUUACAGAAAAAUAAGUCAUACCUUAGUAACAUAUUUUCUUUAGUACUUAGGCAAUUAAUAGUAAGGAAGUCCCUGUUGUGGGAUGGCUUUGGGAUAUGAUAUUGAUUGGUGGGAUUGAAAAAUGGUAGUAUCAUGAGGUCAUAAAAUGUUCAUAGUGUUAAAGUGGUUUUGCUUUCAAUAGGGAAAAAAACUAGAUUGUACUGUUUUACCUUCCUUCUCAGUCAUCUUCUAAAUGUUGGUUCUUUCCCUUGUCCCCCUUAAAACUGUUCUCUAUGCACUUCUUUAUAUAUCCAUUUGUUUCUCAAACUUCACCUAUUGCCUCUUUGUGGGUAAUUCCCAAAUAUAACUCUUGCACUAGAUCUAGGUCCAUAUUGCCAAUAAAAAUAUUUACCUGACCAUUCAAAAUUGAACACGUCCAGAAUACUUACUGAUUUUAUUUUGUUAAUGGCCACUAUUGUGUUAGCUGGAAUUAAAAAAUUUGCAUCCCUUUCUUUAUCUUCUUGGUUGAUAAAAUCUGUAAUUCUCUCUCUGAAAUUUUCAGUUUCCAACCUCCACUUUAUCUUUACUCUUACUGCUCUAAUUUAGAGCUUUUAUUUCUCAUCUGGAUAAUUGUUUUCUCUUAUAUGACUAUAGUGUUCUUAUAUUCUUAGCUGUAAGUAAUAAAAAUUAAUUUUAAUUAAGUUGUAUUUUAAUUAAAAUACAUGUGUGCCUAAUUUCUCCAGAAGUAAUCUGCAAACAAUGUCUUCAGAUGUUUCUACAUGUAUACAAGAUUUUUUUUUUUUAACAAAAAUCGGCUGAUACC